UCCAUACGGAACAUAUUCUGCAGGCGAGGAUAAAUCAAUAGUUUAAUACGCCAUUUGAAUUUCUAUGGUUAUCUGCUCAACCUUUUUAUAAUGAGCUCUUCCCUGUCCUGUACACGAGCACCGACGAAGUUUCUCCCUCCUCUCUCACUCUGAAGCCACUUCAGUUAGUCGGAGAUGCAGCGUGUUCUCGCAGCGCGAUGCGCGGCAGCUUCUCUGAAGCAGCUGAAGAACCCUAGAGCAUUUUUCUCCACUUCCCUUCUCUUCGAUGAUACCCAAAAGCAGUUUAAAGAGAGUGUUCAUCAGUUUGCACAAGAAAAUAUUGCUCCUCAUGCAGCAAAGUUGGAUGCAACAAAUCAAGUUCCAAAGGACGUUAACCUGUGGAAACUUAUGGGAGAUUUCAAUCUUCAUGGCAUCACAUCACCAGAGGAAUAUGGAGGCCUUGGUCUCGGUUAUCUUUACCAUUGCAUAGCCAUGGAAGAAAUCAGUCGGGCUUCUGGAUCCGUUGGUCUUUCUUAUGGCGCUCAUUCAAAUCUUUGCAUUAAUCAAUUGGUCCGAAAUGGAAAUACUGCACAGAAGCAGAAGUACUUACCGAAGCUAAUCAGUGGGGAACAUGUGGGCGCAUUGGCAAUGAGUGAACCAAAUGCUGGCUCUGAUGUUGUUAGCAUGAAAUGUAAAGCUGAUCGUGUUGAUGGUGGUUACAUCAUAAAUGGAAACAAAAUGUGGUGUACAAAUGGGCCAAUUGCUCAGACGUUGGUUAUUUAUGCGAAAACAGACAUUAAUGCUGGAUCAAAAGGAAUCACAGCUUUCAUAAUCGAGAAAGAGAUGCCAGGAUUUAGUACUGCUCAGAAACUGGACAAACUUGGUAUGCGAGGGAGUGAUACAUGCGAACUUGUUUUCGAAAACUGUUUUGUUCCUCAAGAAAAUGUUCUUGGACAUGAAGGAAAAGGAGUGUACGUUAUGAUGUCGGGGCUUGAUUUAGAGAGGCUUGUUUUGGCGGCUGGGCCUCUUGGUCUCAUGCAGGCAUGCCUAGAUGUUGUUCUUCCUUAUGUUCGUGAAAGAGAGCAGUUUGGGCGUCCAAUUGGUGAAUUUCAGUUCAUACAAGGAAAAGUUGCUGACAUGUAUACGGCAUUACAGUCAUCAAGAGCUUUCGUGUAUUCAGUUGCUAGGGAGUGUGACAAUGGCAAAGUUGACCCCAAGGACUGUGCUGGGGUCAUACUUCUUGCUGCAGAAAAAGCUACCCAAGUUGCCCUUCAGGCAAUUCAGUGUCUUGGCGGCAACGGCUAUGUCAACGAAUACCCAACUGGUCGUCUCCUUAGAGACGCCAAACUAUAUGAGAUCGGCGCUGGGACAAGUGAGAUCAGAAGAAUCGUCAUUGGCCGGGAGCUCUUUAAAGAAAGAUGACGGUCAGGUCUGCAUUUAUUUCAUUAGAUUUAUUCUACUGCUUGAGGCAAUAAACAAUACACUUAAGAAACAAACUCACAUAGCAGAUCAUUGAUGAGGAAAAAAAUUAAAAAAAAAAUCUUCAGGUUGUACCUUUUGUUUCAUCGAUUAUACUUGUUGCAUUCAACAGUUUUUUCUUUAGUCAAAUAAAGAGCUUUUUGUGAUA